CCCCCAGCCGAAAUGCUGUCGAGGGCCUUCACGAAGCCCAAGCGAAGCCCCAAACAUGGCGACGACGUCACCCGGUCGGCGUCGAUCCUGCACGAGUACGAGGACUGCAUCGUGGGGUUCAUGGACGACAUCCCCCUGGUGGUGUGCGACGCGGUCAAGAGCUACUGCCCGGGCGCGCGGGGCGAGCCGACUCUCAGGGAGGUCCUGAGGGCGUCGGUCGGGGUGAUGGGGGAGAGCUGCUUGGGGAUCACGGAGAAGUUGGUGUUCUUGGGUGGGGCGGUGCGCGCGCUCAAGAGGUUCCGGGCGGUGGCCGUGAGGAAAGGGGAGUUCGGGAGGAGGCUGCAGAGGAUGGCGCAGAUCAGCAGGAGGUGCGACCACCUCGUGCCCGUGUUGGCGUACCUCUACUCCAAGCGGAUCAAGUUCGUUCUCUGCGUUUACUACCCCAUGGGCAGCCUCCAUGACCUCCUCUCCGGUGGGAGGGAUUGUGGACACACGGCCCUGAGCUGGAGCCAGAGGCUCCUGAUCCUCUUCACAGCGGCAAAGGCCAUCCUCUUCAUCCACUCCCUCUCCCCUCCCAAAGAGAAGAAGAUGCAGAUGAACGUGCACGGCAACAUCAAGUCCGCCAACAUCAUGAUCAACGCCGACUUCACCGCCUGCCUCUCCGACUACGGCUUCGCCCAGCUGGCGCGCCGCGUCGACGUCUCCGACACAGGGCAGGCGCAGGGCACGCCGUUGCCCCCCACCGCCGUGGCCGAGAGCCUCUACUCGGACGAGAUGAGCCAGAAGGGGGACAUAUACAACUUCGGGGUCGUCAUGCUCGACAUCAUCUGCAAGAAAAAGGCGGCGCAGGAGUACCGGAAGUGCAUACUGCGGAAGAAGGAGAAGAUCGUGGAGGGGCGGAUCGACUUCUUCGACUUCAGCGCGGAAGAGAAGGAGAGGAGCGAGGCCAUGCAGGUGCUGGAGAUUGCCUUGCAGUGUACAAACGAAGUAGCAGAAGAGAGGCCCCCCAUAGAGCAGGUACUGACGGCCAUUAGCGACGUUUUUGAGCGUGUGAUUUGAAUCUUGGAUUGUACAGGUUGGCGGUGCAUCCUCAGUGCUAUACUGGGGCUCUCGAAGCUCUUUCAUGGCACUGGGCCCACUGGCGGUCUGCUUAUGAGGGGCGAGUGUGAGAUUUCUGCAUGUGGAGCAAGCAAUUCACAGGAGUCACAUAAC